UUUCUGAUUUGCAAAAUAAAAUGAAAUCGGGGCCAAUUCGUAGUUAUGAAUGCCUUUGUAUUGUGUACCCAUCAAAGUUUAAAAACCAGCCGUAUAUAUCAUAGUUAAAUUUCGUUCUGUUUCUUCAAAGUGCAAGUGGUCGGUGUGAAAACAUGGAUCAUGAAUUCUUUUGAAAUAAUAUUAACGAGCAAGUGACAAUGUUAGCCAGUGUACAAUCGAAAUUCAGUUUGCUACGCUGCUAAGACAUUUUACCUUUUUUUUUUACUGCUAUGCUUUGUCACGCUGAGUUUAGAUAACCUAAAAAAUGUGAUCAGUUUUAAUUUGGAUAGUGAUUACAAAUUUUUUAUAAAUUACAGUUUUAAUCAAAAUAUUGAAAAGUUUUUUUAGAAUGGAUUUAAGACAUUUCAGCUGGGAUAUAUUUUUCUUCUCUCUUGGGAAUUUAUUUUUGUUAACGGAUUGUACAUGUACCUACCCAACGGACCUUCAGAAUGGAGUCUGGUACGACAGCAAUAAAGGUCAGCUGACUUAUACAGCUAAUCAGAUGACAGGUUACACCUACUCAUCUUAUAAUUCUGGAAGUUCAGUAUGGACCUGCCACUUAAUAGAAGGCGACUACGUCGUGUCAAAAGCCGGCAGUCCGAUAGAUGUCUUUGGUUCUAACUUUGAUGCUUAUAUAUGUCAGCUGAUGACUAAAAUAACAAGUUAUUCCUAUUCCUAUUAUAUAGAAGGAGAUAACCAAGCAAAUGCAAAUGGUGAACGAAUGAACAUUUUUAUCACCGGAUCAUCUGUGACAGUAGCUCAAGCGUGUAAUAAAACAGCUUCAAUACCAACAGAAGAAUUUCACGUUCUCGUCAAGUCCACAAAUAUGGCAGACGUCAAACAAUGGCUGCCAACACCGUUGCUAGGCACAUUUGAGUACACAAAAGUAACGUCUGCUGGUGUUUCUUCCUGUGGUACAGGAUCUGUCUGGGACGUCUGCAAUAACCGAACGACCAUGACCUUCAACAUGACACAGUGCAAUUCAAUAGUCGCUUAUUCUCAGGGAGAAGUUUACGGCGUGACCUCUGUGACAAAGGGGUCAACUUAUUACGCUUUGGUUGUGAAUCCAGGUACUGCUGAUGAUUCUACAUAUUUCCGAUUUACCUGUAUGGCUGUUACACAAUCAGGGUCCACUGUAACAGUGGUAGAGAAGAGCGGAAGUUGUGGACCUGGACAAAACACUACGUUGGCUGGAUCUGGAGGUUCCAAGUAUACCAUGACACCAUAUGUAACCUGUCCAUUUACUACUGACAGCCCUGCAGAAUCCAGCAGCAACACUGGUUUAAUCAUCGGUAUUGUUAUAGCUCUCCUCAUUCUUAUCGCAGCUGCUGUAGCAGGAUUUAUAAUUUAUAAGAAGAAGAAAAAGCAGAUCCACACAUAUGACAAGAAACAGGAAGAAAACGCAAACGAUCCGGGAUACCUGCAUAGAGGUUAUACAAAUUUACCAGACAGCAUGACAACAGGUUUAACAACUAAUUCAAGUGUACCUCAACCAGACUCCAACGGAAAACCAGCUCUUUCCAACUGAGAAGAUUGAUGAAUGUUCGUCUAAGACAAUAGAUUUAACACUGGUCACCACGACCCCUUUGAUUUGAUUCCUCUAUUUAAAAAAAUUAAAUUUCAAAGAUUUGUUUAAUAUCACCAAAAUAAAGUAUGUUCACUGUUUAUUUUUCAGACUAGAAUAUUAAAUGUAUCUAGGAAUUUUUCAGUGUUCGUUGAGGCUUCUAAAAGAGACGACUUGACAUAAGCUUGUUAACGUUUAUGCUGUUAUAUAGCCUCCUCUUUUAAAUAGAACGGCAAUAUUCCUAUCAUGCAAUACUACUUUUUCUUAGUAUGAGGUCUUUCAUGCUAAAAAGAAUUUGGUACCUUUUUGUUAUUUCCUAAAUGUCUAAAGACUUUUUGUAUAUUAUCAUUAUUUUAUUUCUGAAAAAUUGUGUGUAUUUUUAACAUUCUAAAAUUGUUAUUAAAAUUUUAUUUGUUAUUAUGUACACUGAUGUACCUGAGUGAAUGUUUGUUUUUAAUUUAGAGUGAUGCAAUGUAUUUAUUUUAUGUGUGCCAACCACUUGUCCUUAUAUAUCCGGAAAUUCACGUGAUAACGUAUUCAUGAACGUAUCCUUAAAUAAUUGUACAUGCCUCUUUUCAUUCUUUAACAAGGCAUACGCACAAGAACAAAAUGCAGAGAAAGUAGUUUCACCUAACUUUUGCAAUUGGUUUCUUUCAUUACAAUAUACCUGGUAUUAAGUAAAUUGGACUUGUGCAGACUGGUUCUAUGUUCUUUGCUAAGUUUUAAUGCUGUAAAAUAGCCUAUUUUCGAGAGGUCGAUUUUUUUCUUGGUAUAAAGCAAUUUUUGUGUUAAGAGCUAUUUCUCUGCAAUAUGAAAUGAUAUCAUUUCAUGGGGCAUGGGAUAUUUAAAAUGUGUGGUUUCUCAUACCAGGGAAACAACGAAAAUCACCCCUCCCCCAAAAAUGAAUAAAAUAAGCGAUUUUACAGCGUGUUUUAAUGUUUUGUUAAUUUACACUAAAAGUUGUUGCCUUUAUUCAAAAUACAUUUGUUCAAGAGGAAACUUUUAUGUAUUUGAAAGAGAAUGUAUGUGCAGAAAUCGUCAUGACUGUAGAAAGACGACACUUAGUGAUUCGACUUGCAGUGAUGAGUCUAUUUUGUAUGACUGUUAAUUUUCUCAUUUUUUAACUAUUAAUUAGUAUUUGAGGACUUCCUCAUGGAUAUAAAGUGGAUAUGUGAUGUGUUUACAUUGACUAAUGCUAAAACAAUGAUUAACUCUGUAGAACUGAAAAUGAG